AUGUCUACCACCCUCCUCCGCCAAUCCACCGUCCGGAGCGGCCUCCGCAACUUCACCACCAUCUCCAAGAUUGCCCGCCCAGCAACCAUACCCUCCUUUUCCCGCGGCAAAGCCACCCUCCCAGAUCUACCAUAUGACUAUGGCGCUCUCGAGCCCUCCAUCUCCGGCCAAAUCAUGGAGCUUCAUCAUAGUAAACACCACCAAACCUACGUAAACUCCUAUAACAAUUUCACCGAGCAACUCGCCUCCGCCACCUCUUCCUCCGACCCUGCAGCACAAAUCGCUCUGCAACCCCUCAUCAACUUCCACGGUGGCGGGCACAUCAACCACUCGCUCUUCUGGGAGAACCUGGCCCCUAAGUCCUCCGGCGGUGGUGAGCCACCAAGUGGUAAAUUGGGAAAUGCGAUUGAUCAGGCGUAUGGGAGUUUGGACAACUUGAAGAAGAUUAUGAAUACGAAAUUGGCAGGCAUUCAGGGCAGUGGGUGGGCUUGGUUGGUCAAGGAUACUGAGACGGGAGCGCUGCAGGUGAGGACGUAUGCAAACCAAGACCCAGUGGUUGGGCAGUUCAAGCCGGUUCUGGGCAUUGAUGCGUGGGAGCAUGCGUAUUAUCUGCAAUACCAGAAUCGCAAAGCCGAGUACUUCGGCGCUAUCUGGGACGUCAUCAACUGGAAGACAGCCGAGAAGCGGUUCGAGUAA